AAGUGUGCAACACACACAAACUCAACAAAGCUGCAGGACCCAUACACAAGUGCUGUCAAUUAGAUCACAAUCAGGUCUCACACCUGCAGCACCUAAAGCUCAAAAUAAGAGUGGACACCAACAGGAGAAUACUGCAGGGGAUUUGGCACUUUUUUUUGGGCACUACCCACACGUUUAGCUGUGUUGCUCAUUCUACAAAUGCACAAUCCUUACCUGUACCUGUACCUUUUUGUAAAGGUGGCUAAUCAGGCUUUCCAAUUAUAUAUAAAUACUUACAAAUAAUAAAACAAUAAUACAAAUUGUAUUAUUAAAGGGGAGAAAUAAUUGACUUAAAAAUUAUGUUCCCAAAUUUCUUUUGGAGGAGUUUAUAACCUUUUAACUCUGCAGGAAGAUGCUGAAAACCUGAUUUUCAAGAAUGAAAUCAUCAUGGUCGAUAACACAGCAGACAUCAUCACCAGGAAAUGCCUGAUGGAGCUGAAGUUUGUCUGCACAUACCCCAAACGUGGAAACGUGUCGCAGAAUUUUUACGCUCACAGGGAAAAGGUGUUAGUGGAGGAAAAAGGCUUCGGCACAUUCACCUACAACUUUGAAUUUUUCCCUAACGGGGAAUACCGAGCCCCUUUCGCUCCAGAAGAAUACCCUCUGCGAUGUGAGGAGAGGAGCAGGAUUUUCAUGCAGAUCCAGGCCACCUCCUCACUCAGUAACAUGGAGCUGUUUGUGGAGAACUGCAGAGCGACACCAUAUGACUACAAGAACUUCCAGCCAUCAUACAGCAUCAUUGAAGACGGGUGUAAAAAGGACUCGACUGUUAACGUCCAUUCCUCUUCCAACAAGAGACAGUUCAGGUUCAGCUUGGAGGCCUUCAAGUUCAUCGGCCAGCAUGAUCAGGUGUUCAUCAGCUGUUCGGUCCUGAUGUGUGAAGUAGAGAGCCCCAGCACCAGGUGCUCACAGGGAUGCAUCAACUCCAGAGCCCGGAGAGACAGUCGGCAACAUCACCAAGUGAAGAGAGAGGCUCCCAACCAGAGUUUGAGACACUUCAUUUCCCAGGGUCCCCUGCGCCUCAAGAGGUCGGCAGAGAGCAGCGAACGCCCCGUGGCCAGCCUGAAUCUGAACCUGGUGUUCAUCGCUGGAUGUCUCCUCGCAGCUGUUGGCAUGAUCUGUGCAGCGGUCACAUACAAAACCAAGAUAUCUCGGGUCAAAUACCAACAUCUGUCUGAAUAUGAAAGUUGAAUACUCAAUAUCUGAUAGCAAAACCAUCAAAAAUAGCUUCAAGUAGUCAAAUGUAAUUAACACAGAACUGAUAUCCUGCUCAUGCUGCUGUUUUAUGGUCCCAUUUAAAUGAACAGAUUUUAUAUAAGCACCGUUGGAAAUGUCUUCAGCUAUAGAAGAAGGACAUUCAUCAGAAAAAUUUGUGCAAGUGUGAACCGAAAACCUAGAAAGGAAGUUUUAUAUUAAUCAAGACUAAAACACAGUAGCAUGUAACAGACACAAACUCCCUUUUAAAUUAAAGAUUAAAUUAGAUUAAAUUUUUUUGGUGCUCUUUUAAUUGAAUAUAUAUAAUACAAAACUUACAGGAUGAUCCACCAGUAGGCCUACUCUAAGAUAUCAAACUAAAAUGAGCAGUGAUGAAUAUUACUGAAACAAAAUUAAAACAAUAUCCUUUGAGAGAAAAACUAGACUGAAAUGUAUUAAUUCACUGAAUUAGAAUAAACACCCCCCGCCCCCAAACACACACUUCUUUCAUUACAUUUCUGAAUAUGUAAAAAUGUUGUUCAUGUUGGGAUCCCAUGUAGCUUUACAAAUGUUUGUACUAUCGUGUAUUACAGUUUGAUUUAUAACAAGUAUCCUGAUUGAUUUGAGUACGAAAUACCAUCAUAUGACAAAAGCUCUUUCGGGCUCAGUUUAUUAUCAUACACUUGUUUAUUGGAUCAAUAAAAACAUAUAUUCUCUUGCAUAUAUA